UGAAACAGGAUACAGCUUUGUCUUUGAGCCAAGCUCACACCUACUUGAAAUCGACUGCUGAGAAGAUGAAGGAGCUACACAGUGUUUGGAUUACUUCGGCAUUUGAAAGAUUCUAACAGGGUAAAGAAAUAAACAAACUUUGUAUCAACCUGCAAAAGACUUCAAAACAACGAUGACAAAACUGUUGAUUUUAACAGUGAUGUUUUUAAUAUUCAAGGUCUCUGAUCAACAUAAAAACGGUAGACGAAAUUGUAAACUACAGAACACAGCUGGAAAUGACACUGUCAACAUUCAAACAAUCAAGAGACACUGCUCCUAUGGCACUUUAACGAAUAACUUCUCAGGAAGACGAAAUCGUAAACUACAGAGCACACCGGGAGAUGACACUGCCAAUCUUCAGACAAUCAAGAGACACGGCUCAAAUGAUCAAACCAUUUUAGCGAAAGAAGGCGCAGGAAGAAGAAAUCAUAAAGUGCAGGAAACACCUGCAAGUAAGACUGACAACUUUAAAUCAUCCAACGGACAGAGGUCUCAUAAUCAAAGAACUUUAAUGAACAUCUCAGGAGGAAAACAAGAUGCACAGCAGAACACAAACGGAAAUGACACUGCCAACCCUAGAACAUUCAUGGGACAGCCCUCGCACGAUCAAAGAAGCUUAAUGGAAAACAUCACCGUUGAAAGCUUUCCUGAAUUUAUCCAGACAAAACUGAAGGUUGAGAGUCAAGUAGUCGAAUACUUCACUGGUCAGCUAAGUACUCAGAUUAUCCCAGCCUUCUACAUCUUUACCAUGAUAGUAGGAAUUCCCACACACCUCGUUACUUUGUGGAUACUUGGCAGAAAAAUCAGCACUUCCUCUACAGCCAUCUUCUACUUCAACUUGGCCCUGUCCGACUUCCUGCUGUUAGUCACCCUGAGUUUUAAAGUACACUACCAUCUCAAUGGCAACAACUGGAUAUUUGGUGAAGUCAUGUGCAAGGUGGUGACUGCCAGCUUUUACGGAAAUAUCUACUGCUCCAUUCACAAUCUCAUGUGCAUCAGCAUAAAUCGCUACUUGGCCAUAGUCCAACCUUUUAUCUACAGAAGCCUAUCAAAAAGAGCGUGCACUAUCUGGAGCUGUGUGCUGGUGUGGAUAGUGGUCUCUUUUGCCACUGUGCCGGAAUUGCUUGUCACACAAAGCUACAGUGUAUCAGAAGUCAAUAUUACCACCUGCCAUGACGUACGUCCUUCUGAGGACAGAUCCCAAACCUUCCUGUUUUACUACUACCUGGGCUUGAUUUCUUUUGGGUUUUUCAUACCCUUUGCAGUCACUACAUUCUCCUAUGUUUCAAUAAUCAACGAGCUUCACAAAUCCAAUCAAGACUAUUGUUAUUACAUUAAAACAAGCACUUUGGUUUUUAUCAUUUUCACAGUUUGUUUCACACCAAGCAAUGUCAUUUAUUUCCUUCACUACAUCAAGCUCUACUUUACCAGUCAAGAUUAUUUUUACAUGUAUUAUAGUAUUGCAGCUUGCUUGUGCAGCUUUCAUAGCUGUCUGGAUCCUUUUCUUUUCUUCUUCAUGUCACAAUCCAAAUACCUGCACCUCACUUCUGUCAGGCAGAAAUGGAAAGAUUUCAGCAACUCCACUUAAGAACUGUUUCUGAAAAGCAGACCCUACAGUAUAUAAGACUACACAGCUGAGAAAAAAGGUUCUAAACUCAUAGUGAGUUUAAUUCAAGUUCAAUCUCAAUUUACUUCCAUUUUAAUUUCAUUACAGCAAAAUAAUGUAAGCAUGUUUUGCUUAUGUGGACAUGGUUUAUUCUAUGAAGAACGAAGACCCUUGUGUAAUCUUACUGCACUUUAUUUUGCAACCAGUAAAUGAAAAGAGUUGUAGUAUAUAAGUAUUUUUAAUUUAAUUUUUGUCUAAUCUUUUAUGAAGAAUGUGACUGUUGUGAAGUAAAACAGUAUUUGCUUAAUCAUCUUCAGGAUACAUUUUUCCCAUUGAAUUUUUAUUUUGGUAGAAGAAGUUAUCAAAAAAUGUUCCUUGUAAUUUCCUGUAAUUUUGUGUUCCUCUGUAAAUUCAUCUUCUUUGUUUCUGAACAUUGUCUUUCUCUGAUAUCACCCAAACAAGAAAGAUCUGGGCUCAUGUAACCAAAUGACUGUUCAUCUUGAGGUGUCUGGUAAUAAUUUCUUCUUGUUCACCAUGAUGAAAAGCUUAUUGAAUAUAUACUUAAAUCUUUAGAAUUUU